AUGUUCGGGUCAUCGAGUCUGAGUGAUGUUCUUGGCUGGGCGUCGAUAGCCAGCUGGCUGGGGGCCCAAUUUCCUCAGGUCAUCGAGAACAUCCGCAGGCAGUCGGCAGACGGCCUUGCACUGCCAUUUCUACUCAACUGGGCACUAGGUGACGCCACGAAUCUUAUUGGCUGCAUCCUCACCCAUCAACUGCCCUUCCAAACGUGGCUAGCGACAUACUUCUGCUUCGUCGACUUCAGCCUUCUCAGCCAGUACUUCUACUAUCGGUACAAAUCCGCUUCGAAGCAGCCGCCUUAUCUAUCAAUCCGCUCCCGAACGACCUCAACUGCGACCACCCACCGCCUUCCCACCGAGCGCGAGGCGACGCACUAUCGCGCACUCUCCAAUGUAGCAGCGAACGUCGCAGCGGCUGCCGCUCGCGUCGCAGAGCAGGAGGAGCAUGCUCGAUGGCAUCGAAAUAGCCUUGAGCGUAUCCCUCAUUCAGCUGUUGAAGCACGGGAGCUUCUCGCGGAAGAAGAGGACGACGUUGAUGAAGAGGGACUCGCACGUCUCGCCGAUAGCUUCCAUUCUGAGGGUGGUCGCCCGGGACGCCGGAAGAAGGUCUCUUGGAGUCAAGAACGCGGUGGAAGUGUAGGCCGGCAUGGGCAAGGCACGACGUCGCCGCCGGGCAGGAUACACGCGCCUUUGCAUAUGAGCGCAGCUCCCCAGGUCGAGGAGCCAGACCUGCUCGUGCGGGGACGAUCAUUGUCACGCGACGUUUCCACAGAAGAGGAGGCACAGUGGUCGGCUUCGCAGAGGCGGAGCUCGCGAGCAAGUCGGAAAGGCGCGAGCAUGGUGUUUUUGGGAGGGUGGGCAUUGUUCGGGGUCGGGACGCUGUUGAAUGGUCAACAAGGUUUUCCGUCGACCACAGCUCUCGGAAGAACGGGGCAUGUGCUUCCCCGUGCAGACGCGACCCUGCCUACAUUUGGCGAGGGGAUACCCGCUGUGUACGACAACGCGCAUGCACCAUCUGUGGACAUUGAUCCCACUGCCAUGUUUGAGCGUGCUGCUGAACCAACGGACUAUACAGCCACCACCAAGCAACCUGAGCGCUCCACUGAGUUCAUCAUUGGACGGAUAUCGGCUUGGAUAUGCACAACGCUUUAUCUCACGUCGCGAUUACCUCAAAUAUGGAAAAAUUUCGUCCGGAAAUCUGUGGAGGGACUUUCGAUAUAUCUAUUCAUUUUUGCGUUCCUGGGCAACUUCUUCUAUGUCGCAUCCAUCCUCACGUCUCCGAAGCUAGGGCUUCCGGAGCCGGAAGCGAGUGCAUUCAUCAAAGAGAGUAUUCCAUAUCUGCUGGGCAGCGGCGGCACGCUCGUAUUCGACAUUACCAUUGUUGCACAGUCUCUCAUCUACCGACAGAAGACAUACCGCGGCCGUCGAAGCUCUCGGUCAUUAGCUGCUGAAGAGGAGGGGUUACUCAGUGCCGGUGCGACUGGCACCGAGGACGUUACCACUCCGUCGCGUAGGCGGGCCGGUGUGUCGGCGGACUCGACGGCGCUAUGA